AUGAGGGGAUGAGGGAGGAGCCGCGGCACCGGCGUUGCCUCCCCGCCUCAAUGGCAACCAGUUCAUAAUUGACAAGCAUCUCAUCCAUAUUUUUGGGAGGGGGAGUUUAAUAAUAGUUGCUUUUAUAUCCCGCUCCCCUGUCGGUGCAGGGAGGUUUGAGGAGGAAUGGUGAGGCUGGGGUAGUGUGAGGCAGGGGCUGGCAACAGCCCGACUUGUAAAUCCUCCCUCCGCCCGGCCUGACCAUCGCCCACCAGCCGCCCACUGCCGGUGUCUGUCUGCCCGUCCCCUGGAGAUUCCUGGAGCUGCUGUCCAUCUCCGGUCAUCUCCGGCCAUCACCGUGGUCACCGUGUAACUCUGGUGGUCCUGGCCCCCGGUAAACACCGUCUGUUGCAGGAGGUUGCCGAUGGUGUGACGGGGACAAGAUGAUGUGCGAGGUGAUGCCGACCAUUAACGAGGAUAACCGCCGCGGCUCGCAGUACGGUGCGGACGAUGGGAACUUUGAGCAGCUGAUGGUCAACAUGCUGAAUGAACGGGAGAGGCUGUUAGAGAGUCUGCGAGAGACACAGGACAGUCUGUCCGGUGCUCAGCUACGGCUUCGGCAGCUCGGACACGAGAAGGAGUCACUGCAGAGGCAGCUCAGCAUCGCACUGCCACAGGAGUUUGCUGUCCUCACCAAGGAGCUGAACCUGUGUAGGGAGCAGCUGCUGGAGCGAGAGGAGGAGAUCGCGGAGCUGAAAGCGGAGAGGAACAACACGCGGCUGCUGCUGGAGCACCUGGAGUGCCUGGUGUCACGGCAUGAGCGGUCUCUGCGGAUGACGGUGGUGAAGCGGCAAGCCCAGUCUCCGGCCGGCGUCUCCAGCGAGGUCGAGGUGCUCAAGGCCCUCAAGUCACUCUUCGAGCAUCACAAGGCUCUGGACGAGAAGUCCCCCCCCCUCUCUCCCCGGACCCCCGGGCCACGUGACCAGAACACAAGCAACGUCUGGGUGACGCACGAGGAGAUGGAGUCGCUGACGUCGGCGACCAAGACGGAAGCCAAGGAGAUCAGCUGGGACCAGAUCCUGGCGCACGGUGACAUGAACCACGAGUGGGUGGGGAACGAGUGGCUGCCGAGCCUCGGCCUCCCACAGUACCGCAGCUACUUCAUGGAGUCGCUGGUGGACGCGCGCAUGUUGGAUCAUCUCACCAAGAAGGAACUGCGAGGGCAGCUGAAAAUGGUGGACAGUUUCCACAGGAUCAGUCUACACUACGGCAUCUUGUGUCUAAAGCGGUUGAACUACGACAAGAAGGAGCUGGAGAGUAAACGGGAGGGCAGUCUGACGCUAAUCAAGGAUGUGAUGGCGUGGACCAAUGAUCGCAUGGUGGUCUGGGUGCAGGCCAUCGGCCUGAAGGAGUUCAGCGGAAACCUGCAGGAGAGCGGGGUCCACGGUGCGCUCAUCGCCCUCGAUGAUACCUUCGACCACAACGACAUCGCGUUAUUGCUGCAGAUCCCCAUGCAGAACACCCAGGCCCGGCAGAUGCUGGAAAGUGAAUUCAAGAACCUGCUGCAUCAGGGGACGGAGCGGCGGCAGGAAGAGGGCGAUGCCAAGAACUUCAACCGCGCCCCGUCGUGGCGCAAGCGCUUCCGGGCGAAGGAAAUGCGGGACGUAACGUCGGACACAAGCGAGACUCUCCCCGCCAACUUCCGAGUGACGGCCGCGGCCAUCGCCGCCCAGAGCGUGCAGCUCCGCAAGGUGCAAACAGACAAUUCUGCCUCAGGGACUCCGCGGGCUGACACCCCGUCCGUCCGCACGUACUCAUGCUAGCGGCACUCGGCAGAUGUCGUGUACUGAGCUGACCGGCGCCUGGGCUAAACAACACACGAGACUGUUAAAGCGAAAGAUGUCCUUCGCGUCCAGGGAGAGAGACAAGAGCCUUAGAGACUCUGACAAUAUGCUGC